AUGUGUAGUACAAGAGCAAUAGGUAUUGAUUUCGGUACAGUAUAUUCAUGUGUCGCUGUAUUUCAAAAUGGCAAAGUUGAAAUCAUUUCUAAUGAACAAGGCAAUCGAAUAACGUCAUCAUGUGUUGCAUUCACCAAUAACAAACGUUUGAUCGGUGAUGCAGCUAAAAGUCAAAUAUCUAUGAAUCCAAAGAAUACAAUUUUUGGUUUUAAACGACUUAUUGGUUGUAAAUUUGAUGAUGCAACUGUACAAGCUGAUAUGAAACAUUGGCCAUUUAAAGUAAUUAAUGAUAAUGGUAAACCAAAGAUUCAAGUUGAAUAUAAAAAUCAAAUAAAAUUAUUCACACCUGAAGAACUAUCUUCAAUGAUAUUAGCAAACAUGAAGGACAUAGCGGAAAUUUAUCUUGGUAGAAAGAUUUCUGAAGCUGUUAUUACUGUUCCAGCUUAUUUUAAUUAUUCACAACGUCAAUCUAUAAAAGAUGCUGGUAUUAUUGCUGGUCUUAAUGUAUUACGUAUUAUAGAUGAAUCGACAACAGCUGCUAUUGCUUAUGGUUUAGUUAACAAAAUUUCAGCUGAACGAAAUGUAUUGGUUUUUGACUUGGGUGCUAGCAAUGUUAAUAUAACAGUUUUGACAAUUGAAGAAGAUAUUUUUGAAGUUAAAUCAAUAGCAAGUAGUACACAUUUAGGUGGAGAAGAUUAUGUUAAUCGAAUAGUUGAAUAUUUUGUUCGAGAAUUUAAACGUAAACAUAAUAAAGAUUUACAAGAUAACAAACGUAGUCUUCAACGACUACGUAAUGCUUGUGAAUGUGCUAAACUUACUUUAUCAUCAUCAUGUCAAGCAUCAAUUGAAAUCGAUUCAUUACAUGAAGGUAUUGAUUUCUAUUGGACAAUAACUCGUGAAUGUUUUGAAGAACUUAAUAUUGAUUUAUUUCGUUCAACAAUCGAACCUAUUGAAAAAGCUUUAGGUGAUGCUAAAAUGGAUAAAGCAAGUAUUCAUGAAAUUAUUCUUGUUGGUGGUUCAACACGCAUACCAAAAGUACAACAAAUUUUACAAGAUUUCUUUAAUGGUAAACAAUUAAAUAGAUCAAUGGAACCAGAUGAAGCUACCCAGGACGAUGAUUACGACGAUCCUAAACGACCGUUUACGGUCGUUUACGGUACCGUAAACAGUCGUAAACGCUGA